UGUGUUUUUUAUUUUUUUUGCAACCCCACUUUUCUUUCCUGCGUCCCUGCUGGAGGCUUCACUCCCCCCUCUGCCUUUUGUUUCCGAGGUGGAGCCUGACACCCCGACUUCUCCAAACUGAACUGCCGGCGGAGCAGACGGACAAGAUAGGACUGGGACCAGCAGUCGGUGGCACAGAUCUGGGACGCAGCAGAUCGGGGAGGGACCACAGAGGAGGCUGAAGGAAGAAGAAGGAUUCUGAGGAGCGCUUCGUUCGGUUUUAAUCAUUUAACAAACCGGCUUCGCGAGAAAGAGCUUCAAGAAAGAUGAAUUCUUUCAUCCUGCUGUCGCUUCUUGCCUCGGUUAUCGCCGGAAAGUCACCUCGGCUGAAAUUCGUUGUGCACGAGCCCUCCAGGUUCCACUUCAACAAGCCUGAGAACUACAUCAGCAUGUACCACCAGGAAGGGAGCGACACGCUGUAUGUGGGCGGCCAGGCGAUGAUCUAUGUGUUGACGUUCACUAACAGAGGGGUCCGCGACCUGCAGAUCCCAGCGGCUUCUGACCAGACUGCAAUUGAUACCUGCAAAGCGAAGGCUGCACCACUCGAGCUGGAGUGUGAUAAUUUCAUCACCGUCAUUCAGAAAGUAAACGACACAAUGAUAAUAUGUGGAACAAAUGCAGGGAGCCCCAGGUGCUGGAUGCUGGUGAAUGACACUGUGCUGACUGACGUCCAGGGCAACGGGCAGAUAGCGUCGGCCUCUGAUAUCUCACCACCCUACCCCUCCCAGAGGUCCAUCAGCCUGCCUGCAGAUGGGAGUCUGUAUUCUGCAAUGUCGUCGGUGGCGGGUCACGCCGGCUCCAUCCGCCGUACGUUUGGCUCCCAGAAACUCCUGAAGACGGAGAACAUUUGGCUGCUGAAUCCACAGUUUGCCGGCGCAGCCAUAAUCCCAUCCUCCAUGAAGUACAAAGAGGAGAUCUACUUCUUCUUCAGUGAGAUCAACAAGACAGCCAGAGUGGACGAGGAGCCUUACAGGGCUCGCAUCGGCCGAAUCUGCACGGUGGAUGAAGGGGGCAUCAAAGCCCUGCUGGCAGACUCGUGGACCACCUUCAUGAAGGCGCGGGUGAUGUGUGGUGCAGGAAACACUCAGCAGCAGUACAACAACAUGAAGCAGGCGGUGGUGCUGACAGCGCAGGACAUGAGAGACGGAGUCCUGUAUGGCCUGUUCUCCAACGCAUGGGGCAGAACAGUGAUCUGUGCCUACUCCAUCAAAGAUAUUGACCAGGCUUUCUCCACAUCCAAACUGAAGGGCUACAGCAGUCCAUUCAUCGGCAGUCGCCCCGGGAUGUGUGUCCGCAAAAACUCGACAGCAGGAGGUCACAACGACAUCAAAAACCUCGGGGUGAUCAGAUACCACCCAGAAAUCGAGGACGUGAUCCGGCCCGUCGGUGUGGCGCCGCUCGACCUGCCCACAGAUGACCAGAUCACACACACUGUGGCCGACAUCGUCCUGGCCGUCAACGAUGAGCACUACAGCGUCCUGUACCUCGGAACAGAACAAGGCAAAGUUCUGAAAGUUCUUCACACCAGCGAGGGCGUCUUCAUCAUAUCUCAGUACUCUCUCUUCCACAAUGAGGGCCCCGUUCUAAACAUGGCCAUCGACUCUCCAAAGGGACACCUGUAUGUUGGUACAGCCAUGGAGGUCCAGCGACUGCCGCUGGCUGACUGCAGUCGCUAUGGCGACACAUGCAGGGAGUGCAUCCUUUCCAGGGAUCCGUACUGCGGCUGGGACAGGGCCAGGAGGAAGUGCAUCGCCAUCCCGCCUGGAUACAACGUCACCACUGGGACACUCAUUCAGAAUCUGGACCAUUCAAACUCCUCAGUUUGUGGGGAAGCUGCUGCUCUGAAGCAGCGCCGCACUUUCCCCAGAGAGGUGACGGUGCAGUCCAAUACUUCCAUCUUCCUCCCGUGCCCUGUGCGCUCCUUCCAUGCCACCUACCGCUGGGAAAAAGACAACCGCGUCAAGAACUAUCCUUGCCUCUUCUCUGGGGACUUCUGCAUCCUGGGGCCAGUUGUUGACAUGCCCCUGAAGGAAGGCGUCUUCCGCUGCAUGGCCACCGAGGACGGAUUCAAGGUGGAGAUUAUCUCCUUCAGGCUGGUGAACGACGGCAGGCUCCUGGCCGCCUCCCUGGCCUCCACCUUGGGGCCGUCACUCCUGUUCGCCAUGGCUGCCCUGUGGCUCCAUUAACUGCAGCUACCGCUAAUGCUAACCCUUCAUCCUUACUGGCUCCUGAUGACAGAAAGACGAGGAGCCUCUGUUAGGAGGUCAGGUUCACAGAGCAUUGAAGUACGUGGUUGGGUUGGAUGAUGAAAAUUUACCUUUUUCCAUUUUUAGACAGAAAAUGUGAAUGGAUAAUUUUUUUGCAUAAAGCAACAACCUGCAGCUGCAGCUGUUUAAAUCAGAACCGGAUAAAACAUUCAUAAACAUUCAGACUAAAGUGACGAAGAGUCACUGUCCAUCAAUUGACACGUCUCGUGAGUUUGAUCUUGAUUCAACCAUCUUUAGGUGCUUUGCGAACCUCUCCUCUCUGACUCAAAACAUAUCGUAUGAGUUGGGCAAAAAACACCAAUACCAGGCCAAUUCUUUUUACCAUUUCUCUACUUCUUUUCAAAUUGACUUGACUGUGCUUAUUUGUGAAUAUAUAAACCUUUAAUACCACUCCUCAUCUAAUCAAUCAUCUUGUUAAACUUCAUCGGUAUAGCUCAUUAGUACUUAGAAAAAUGUCUGGUAUUGAGAUUUCAAAAGCCUUAACACUUCUGGGACAUAAACUCCUAAGCACAAUUUUGCAGUCGAGGCAGAAUACUGCAGCCUCGGUUGGACUUGGCGCUAUAAUUAGUGCAGCUGAGUCUAACAACAUCGCUGGGAGGAAGUGUCAGCUUUUUGACAGGAAGUAGGCGGAUGGGCAAGAGCUCAUUCUCGAACAUCACUGUGUCUCAGCACCUCCUCCUCAGACGAGGCAGUUUCUUGCAUCUUUUUAUCAGAUGGUAUCAGACAUCGUUAUUACGCCUUGUUCACAGCUUUGUCCGUUGUUUUUCUUUUUACACGCCAUCGUCUUUCCUCCUCCCCAGAGCAUCAGAAACAAAACUCGCUCUUACAGGAUGUGUAAAACACAACAUCGCCUACAGCUCCUUUGGUAAAGAGGUUAGUUCAUAUCAACAGUGAGGAGCCAAACACCCUCAGAACCUCUCUACACAGUCUUAAACAUUAAAAAUAAAGUAAUUAAAUUCAUCUCAGUCAACAUGAGAGUUUACAAUCCGGAUAUUUUAUGCUCUGUCUUUUAUUGUGAAGAGUCAGAGGUUGAAAGGAAACGGCAGUGACCUUUUCGCUAAUUCUCGGUACGUCAUCGGGGAAAUCCCAAGAGUCCAUCAGUUUUUAGGAAACAGGGCGGAGAGCGCCAACAGGAGCUAAUCUGCUGCAAAUGACAUCCAAUUCUGUCAAACCGACAAUGCGUAAAGAUGUGAACAAGGUGUUGCGUUCUAGCAAUUUCAAUAAACACACACUCAUAUUAUCAUGAGGGCAGAUGAAGCUAAAUGGAACUGCAUAUUAAGCUUGCAUUUUAUAGUUUGCUUGGAGAAAAAAAAGGCUUGUACUUAGAUCUGUGAAAUGUGUUCUGUAUUUUAUGGCUCUGCUGAUUUCUGCCAUCGCUGCCUACGUAUGUGACACUUUGUCCUGAUUGUUUGGGGUUUUUCUGCCAUAGUUAGAAUGUGAUAUGUAACCAUUGACUGCUUUGCCUCUUUCCCCAGGGACAUCAGUGCAAAUAGACGAGAAAAUGGUUCCUUCUGUCAAACUUGUAUCUCUAUGCUGUGAAACAAAAAGGCUCGACAGAUUCCAACACGAUGCUUCACUGAUGGAGCAGCAACCACAACCAGCAGCGAGAGCUUUAACACAUCCACAGCGACACCCUCCAACCUCUCCUCUAAUAACACAAGCUUUAUUAAGACCAAGACGGCAGAUUAACGCUGAGUGUGGAGAGAAAUAAGAGUUGUGACUGUAGCUGCAGCUCCAAAUGCCAAAAAGUGAAGCCAGACCUUCUGAAUACUGAUCAGCUGACUGAAGGAGGAGGCUUGUGUGGUGAUGAAUUAUGCAGCGGAUUAGCAUGUUCUCCAGAGCUUUGAGAAUUAUCAUUCAGUAGUGUUACAUAAAUCUGCCUUCCACAGUGGCAGAGAUGUCAUUAAUAGCUAAUUAGACAAUGGAGCAGGCUCGUCAUGCACCAUAUUAAAGAAUUUAUUUUACACCGUCAGGGAUAUGAGCAGCGAGAGUGUGCUCAGCUGUGGAAAUGUUGAGGUGGUGUCGUGUUUCUCACUCAGCUCGGUUGUGUGUUGCUGCUCGGGGAUCUGCUUGCUUUCUUCAUUGCACUGACGCGAGCUACUGACUGUGCCAAGUAAAGAAAACAUGACGAAACAAAGCCAUGUCGAGCCAGCUCAUCCUCCCGACGCUUCUUCUUAUCUUCAUUCAUAAAAUCCCUUCGCUUCUUACCUGGCGUAACAGUUGGUCCCAGAUAGACUCUGAGCGUGUGUCGUCUUCCCCACAAACAAAGCGCAGGUCUAACAUACAUUUAAUCGUCUUUGUGUCGUCACCAGGGUGGGAAAUUAACAUCAGCCACCAGCCAAGUGCUGGUGGAGUAGAGGCUGCUGCCAGAGACCUUUGGUGGGAAACUAACUCAACAUGCACAGACAUGCUGAACUCAUUCUCAUCUAUAACCUCCUCUAUGCUGUAGAACUGUAACCACUGUGUUUGUGUGGCUGAGAUGAGAGGACAUGCUUUCUAAUGCUAAUCAGGCAACCACACCAGCGCUGCGUCCAGAGUCACCAGCCUGUCCUCGCUCCCAACUCGUUAAGCACUGCAGCUAUGUCAGUGGACGUCAGCGUCAGACACUGAUGCACAGAGGCACUCCUCGCCACAGUAUUACAGGCACCAGGUGGUGACUUUGUAAUUCCACUGCCAACUACCGGAGUAUCAAGACAGACUGUUCACACUGGGCGGGUGGGAGUUGAGGUAGGAUCAAACAAACUUUCACUCGGGAGCCCGUCGUUGGUCCCUGUUUUAAAACCAGAAGUGAACUGAGUUACACAAAUGACAAUGUAGUGUGCUAGUGUGUGUAGCGUGCUGUGCUGUCAAAUGACGUAUGUCAUGUUACGCUACAAUCGUACCAAAUACCAUUAUUUUAGGCCAAACCAUGAUGUUUUUUUCUCAAGCUAACCAGGAGCUUUUGUUGCCCCAAACUUAAGUUUUUUACCUACUUUGUAAGUUUAUUUUGAAAAGACAGGAUGGAUCUAACAAGCAGACGCUGUACAUUUCCUGUUUAAAUAGCAGUUUAUUUUGAAAAGAACCAACGCAUGGAACAAGCAUAAAUUGACACGCCAUCUCUGAAUGUCCUAAACUGACGCAGGAGGAUAUCUAGUGCGUCAUAUUUUGCCAUGUAGGUUCACUGACAAAGUUUUGACCAUGCAUUACUCACCCAAUGUGUGUCACCAUGUAACUCUCUCAGAGCCUCUUUGCUGGUUGGAGACACAUAAUUACCAUGGUAACCCGUGCCAACCUCAAAGUGAAAUCUUACAAUUACGCUUACAUUGAAGUGGUAUUGAUGUUGUUGAGCUUCUCAGUCGCUGUCUGCUAAACUGUGUCAUCUACUGCACUGCGUUGUGGGAUAUUUAUGCAGGCACAGCGUCCAGUGUUUGCUUUGUAAUAUUUUACCAGAUACAUUAAGCAGACACGUACACGUGCUUCAUACUAAGGUUCUGGACAUAGUAAAAAAAUCUCUCUUGCUCUUUGAGUGCAUAAAACAUCACGUUGCUACGGAAACCCCACUGGUAUCAUAAGCCUCGUCACUGUGUCCCCAGUCCAUGCAAUGUUCUUGCAGAGACUGUGUUCAGCAGAAAAAUGUCAUUAUGAGGGACCUCUCGGGGUCAAAGGUGAAAGAUAAUAUGACUGCUGCAAACUCUGUAAGGGGCCACAGCUGGUGGUUGGUUGGACAGCGAACAAAAUAUGUGAUGUUGAGAUGAAGAGUUUCACAUCCCGUCACCUGCCAUCAGUGCUGGUCAAGGUUACGGAAAGAUCAACCCAAUCACCAGAAAAAAUGUUGGCAUUUUCUUCAAACCACAGAUACGUUAGAUUUGCACAUUAUUAUGUCACAGAUACUUUGAAACUUAAUGUUUCAACACAGCUGUGGUUAGUGUGUGGUCAUGUUUAGGCACAGAACCACCUGGUUAUUGGUCAUCUCAAAGAACACGUAUGUUUGAGGGCUUAAAAGCCGCAGGAAAAGCAAUGACUCGCUAAAAACCACUGGUGUUGUUUUUAUUUGGAUUUGAAAAGUGAUCCGCAGCCUGUCAGGCGUUCUUCCUGUGUGACACACCAUCCACCAUCCCCUCCACCGCCUGAUGCAACCCGCUCUCAUCCCAGCUGGUUAAAUAUUGCUGCUUUGUGCCGUUAAUGUAUACGUACAGUAUGACGUGCUACGUAUCCUAUGGAGUUUGUUGUUGACGUUCUGGGGUGACACGUCAGUUCAGGCCUGUUAAAUGCAUUGCAUCUUUUCUAAACACACUUCUGUUUUCACAAGAAAUGUACAGUUUCUCCUCGUUAGAUGCAGACAGUCUUUUCCAAAUCAACGUCAGUAAAACACCUCAUAUUUAUGUUUAUUUCCUUGUGCAACAAAAGCGCGUGGAUAGGUUUAGAAAAAAACCAUCAUGGUUUGGCUCUAACUUCAUAUGGGAAGUGAACAGCAGGCGCCAAGGGUUUGUUGGACCCAUCCACCUCCACGCCCCACCCCGCCCCGCCCGUUAGGGGCCUCCCAGCUCUUCUUAGUACAUCGUUACCUGACACUGUCCAGUGGUGUAUCUUCUGUAUAAACUUCUGUGACAGGUGCUGUCUGGUCACGUUAUUAGCUGAUGGUGCCUGUCUGUGUCUCAUACUACUAAGAAAGGUUCUGUCCAGCCGUGUUACAAACUGACGCCACCCAGUGGCAUGUCAUACUGCCGCAGAGGGUGGGUUUUGGUGUCGGUGUCUGACGUGGAAAUCACUGAGAACAGUGAGAACAGACUCCCUGGUGACAAAGUCAGCUCAUAUACUGGAUCAGGAAAGAAAUGUUAAUAUGAUACGUACGACACAUGCACAUGUAUCUUAUCCGUGAUUUGCAGGAACGUACAUAUUUUCCUCUGGGCUGGGAAAGAUCACAGCCAUGUUUUAAAUAAACCAAAUAUGUUCAUUAGCCUCAACGUGACUCGAGCUGAGGGACAGAGGUGACAGACUCUCUUAUUCCUGUCAAAUACACUCACAUGUGCGUGUAUUCAUGUGGCCGAGCAGCGUCUGUGUUACAGUGUGGAUUUGGGACACACAGUGGAGUGUGUUCUCUCAGCAGCAGAGCUGAUCUUGUGUCACAGUGUUAAACGUGCUCAGACAGUUGUUGCUGCGCAGAGCUGAUUGUAUUUCCUCUCCUCAUGAGGAGCAGUGGUGCUCCUCAGGCAGGUGGAAUCAGGCUUUCAUCAUUCAACAAUUCAGCCAGUCAUCAUCCUCAGCCCCACAAGGCUUUGCUUUAGUAUCAACACUUCCCCAGCUAAUGCGUGGAAGCAAGAUUUAUAGCAUUUAAAGCAUUUACCAACACUCGGUGUCAAAUACAAAUCUCCUCCAUGUUCAAGCCCUUGCUUUGAUAUGGAUAUCCACACGGCUGCUUUAUCAAAAUUCAGUUAUCACUCAGUCACAUCCGUCAUCGUCAGCCCGUCCGAUAAAGGCUAAUCUCCUUCAAAGCAAGCUCUUGAUUUGCCUUCAGGAAACCAAUUUAAUGGAUUGCGCUGUCUGCUGUAAACCAAUCGACACGGAGAGAGGCGGGUCGCUGUUUUGUUUGCUCUGGGGUUUUUGAGUGUCAAGUACUGUACAUGAUGUGUGCCCACGAUUCUGUGUCUUGAUAUAUCUAAUUUUAAAAGUAACAUGCCAAACUCUAUUAUUAAAAAAGAGAUAUUUAUAUUGGUGCCAUGCCAGUCGAAUGCCAUCUCAUAACAUGUAUUUUUAAAAAAACAGAUAUCUAUAGUGCAAUAGAUAUUCAUGUAACAAAUCCAUAUUGACAUGUGUUUCCCUGAACAUGUGCGGUGAAAAUUAAUAAAAUAUAAGUAUAAAGAAA